GAUUAUAUAUACGACGUACGUAUGUUUACGUUUUCGACGUAUUCAACUAGAAAGUAUAUGCGACUCCAAAGGCCUGCUGAUCAGCGGAGGAUAAGCUAAUGCUUGUGUGUAGAAAUGGCUGAAGGUGGUAGAUAUCUUGCGGUAUCGGAAUCACUUGCAAUACCUGCGCUUACUGUAACCAGUACAGAGACAGCCUCUAAUGGAACCGACAUGAAGCACGACCAAGUAUUACGAGCCCCCGGCUACACUCUAGUAGGCUCUCCUCCGCCACGACUAAAGUAUGCUGCCACCAUGGCCCGAUGGUCUUCCUGGGACACCGUUGGACUGUGUCGAGACACCAGCCCAGGCAAACACACAGUAAAUGAUAUGGAAAGGACCGCAAGUCAAGAUGAUGUUAUACUUCCCCAAAAGUCUCUGACGAUAUCCACCAGCAGUCUGUGCAAAAUUCGACACAGUGCAUCCACACCAAAUGGCCUCAGUGGUAUUAGUCACCAGACCUUCCCACCGCUCUCUCCAAAUCUACUGAAAACAAGUAAGUUGCCCUUCAGAAGAAAGUCAAAGCAGCAGUCAGAAAAUCCACUUCACUACCCUAAAAACACGAGUGUCACACUGUCUACCACAUCACCUCAGACCCUACUGAAGCAUAUGGAGGGUAUAGAUGUUGACCUCAAUGCUCCCAAUGUGGACGGAGAUGCUCCAGUACAUGGCAUAAUCCGCCGCAAGAGGAGAAAAAGAGCCGACCUACUGAUGACCCUGCUUGUGAAUGGAUGCUCACGAGUGGAUGUGAACCAGUGCUCACUGUCGUCCGGAGAUACAGCCCUUCAUUUGGCCGUAAUGGUUGGUAAAGUACGCAUGCGCAAAUAA